AUGCUCAGAGACACGCUGACAGACAGAGCUGCGAGCUGACCUCCAGCACGUUCACAGCUUCUCUGAACUUGGUUCAUGCUGCCGCUCCUCUGACAGAAGAAAAGAAGACACACACAGACCUCCGUGGGGGAGCUCAGAUAAAGACGUUCCUUCAGUCUUGGAGUGGCGCUGUCACACACUGAUAUACAAACACAUAUUUAGAGCAAGGCACACACAUUUCCUAAAAAAUUGACACACACCUCUCACAUAAACACAAACUCAGGGGAGCAAACAGUCUCUUUCUUUCUAGCUCGCUCAGCUGCUCUCUCUCUCUCUCUCUCUCUUUCCCCCUCCCAUCCACACACACACGCACACACACACACACACACACGCACACACACACCACUACAGUAUAUCAGAGAGUGACUAGCGGAAAGCCAGAGGGGAGUGCAGAAAUGAAUGUGAAGAUCCUGACGCUGGUGAUUGUGCUCUUGGUGUCUCUGCUGUGUUCUGCCGGUGCUGGUCCUAUGGCCUCCACGGAGCAUGGCAAAGACCUGGGAGAAACAGCUACUGUGAAAAAAAUGGUUCAGCAAAAUCCAGCGAGAGGCGGCCAGCCCCAAAGACCAGCUGGUUGGAAGAGAAGACGCCCACGGCCCCGUCUCUCCCACAAGGGGCCAAUGCCAUUCUAGAGCAAGGCACUGCUUUGUGCACCCUCCCCCAGGUUCUGAUUUCUAUGCUCUUCCUUUGCCUUGGGGGGCCUUGCAAUGAAGGGCUUUCGCGAGCCCAGCCUGAAGAGUGAUAUCCAUAGCAUCUGCUGGUUCUUCAAGCAACUCUGUCCCUAAAACACCUGGGCAAGCCGGUCACCCUUAGCUCUAAGAGGAAUAAGGGGCAGGGAAAGGGGUGGGGGAAUAUUGAUCCCGAGCUACCAAGCUCUAUUUCUCUGUCUCUCUUACUCGUAUUUCCUCACUGCUUAUCUAUCUCUGUCUUCUCCCAGUAAUUUUUUUUUUCAAUUUUCAUAUUAUUUGCUUGAUAGAGCCCAAUCAUAGUGAUCUCACACACUUUGCAUGACAUGUGGUGGAGAGGGAGCCCGGUCAUAACAGUCCGAGUCUUAAAGCAUCUGUCACUUCACCAGGAUGCGGUAUGUCUCGGAUCCAAGGUUACAGCAGCCGCUGGUUUCUUUGCUGUAUAGCUACAUGUACUUAACGGCUUGGCUCGAGGCUGAGAGCGGCAUACACGCAGAAGGGCAGUGUCAUUUUUAACAGUUGACAUAAACAAAGUUUAGUUCCCAUUCUCUGAAUGUCUGCUGCGAAAAGAAACAGUUAAUAGCGAUUCAAGCCAAAACAAGUUAUCUAAGUGACACCAUAACCAUCACCUAAUUAUCAUUACCAAUGGUGCUUAGGACCGCCUGACGUUAGUACGUCCACAUGCAAGCUAAAGCCGAAAUGAUCACACACUGUCGGAACAAUCUGUUUAAGUGACAGAAUAAUUCCCUAAUGUAGAAUAUUCUGUAAUCCAAAGCCUAUUUUGGUGUUUCCAAACUCAUUAUCACUUUGGGAAGGGGCUUUACUGACAGGCUCAAGGUUACUCUAACACCUUGAAUGAGUGCUUCAACCCCAAAAUCCCAAUCUUGUUCCCAGCCUCCCCACCACAGUGCUGCCCUGUGCAGCUGCUAUACACGACUGUUAACUGGCAGUGGCGGCCUGCUCCACCAACAGACUGCCUUGCCUUUUAAUGAAGUGCCAAAUAAUACCGUUCUACACAAUGCUGCCAGGAACUGAGAACUGAAAGGUUAGGAAGAAAUGAGAAACACAUUACCUCUUGUUUGAAGUCUUAAUACACUGAUACAUUAUGCAUUUAAAAGUUCAUAGAAUAUCCCACUUCAAGUAAUUUCCACAAAGGCGAUUGGAAUUAGAUUAAAAAAGGAGCCAUUUCAAAGCAAACAUCAUCUGUGGUAACAUUUUAAAAAACUAUACUCAAAGGCUCUGUUUUUUGAAUAUGUUCAUCCUUUGACCCUUUUUUUGACCAAACGCUAUGCCUUUCCAUCGUACUGGAAUUUAUAACUUUUAUAUGUUACUCCUAUGUUAUAGUUUCCUUUUUUUUCUCAGGGUGCUGUCAUAGAUGCUUUCACUAGAGCAGCCUUUUCUGUGCAUUUAUUUGACGAAUCACCAGAAACCAGAACAUUUAAAACGUAUGAGCAUAUUUUUGUGUACUGUAUCUUUACUCUCCUUUAUAUAUAUAGCCAAGACCAUUUUCAUUCGUUUCUAAUCAUGUUCUCCCUAAAUCAUGUUGGUUACAGUUGGCUUUCUAGGCGGCCCUUCCAUAGCACAGGUGGUCAUGGCUUUGAUCAUGACGCUCAUUAAAUCCCAGAGUUAAUCUUUCUCAGAUGGAUCUCCCCAAGGUGGGCCAGGGCCACUUGUCUGAGCUCGUUUUUAAAUUGACUUAGACUACAACUACACCCUUCCCCCUUUUCAAUCUCCAAACUCCCAUUGAUUCACGUGUUACCAUGUAACAUAUUGAGGACUGUGACCGUUGCAAUCAUUCUUACUGGAGUUUUUCUUUUGCUUUGAUUAUAGAGAAAGUUUGAAUGCCAAUUGCUUGCAAUUCAAGCUCCUAGAAAAUUGGUAACUGGUUAACCUAGAUCUUCAAUAUGUUUCCCUCUCGCCAUGUCUCAUGCAAAUAUUAUAAUAAAAUACCUUCUUCCAGCAUGAGAAGCUUUUAUUAAGAGAGCAUCUAAAAAUCACAGUGGUAAUCCGCCCAGCCAAGCUCACCUCGAUUAAAAAUGUAUUAAAUCCUAGGGCCCUGUGAAGUGUAAUAAUUUUAGUCCCCCUAUUAUUUUUUCAUACCCUCACAGACAGAGAUGUAGAUUUCAUUAAUGCUCUUCGGGAGUGAGACAGCUUUGCUCAGGAUGUCUCAUGUAUUAUCGGGGAAGAUAAUAGGAAAAUAUGAGCUGGGAAUGAAAGUUCAAAGCUGCAGGAGUUGGGAUGCUGAAAGUAGACUGGGUCAUGGCAAAGGGUUCAAAUGGACCGCCCCCCACCCCAUCUCAGAAGUUAUCGUUCCGGAGCCGAGCAACGUCUGUAUCCGCACUGUUCUUCAUGAAUGUAUCCUAACCAUCUGCACCAGCCAUGCUGCCCUUUCAGAAACCAGAGCAAACUGAUGUUUGUGUGAAUUAUCCUUUUCUUUUUCCUUUCUUUUUACCUUGACCUGGUUAUCAGUUUAACCCAAAUAUCAAAAAAACCAAAUGUCAUUCAAAUCCAAAGCUUCUGUCGUCAACAACUCCCAACAAAUGGACGUGGCUUUGCUCCAAGACUUCUCUGUAUGGGUUUGCAAGGCUGCACUUUUGCAAUUCCAUUAUGCUGCUGGAAAAAUACACCCUGAAAACAAGAGUUUGGAAUGGUUUUCCAGUGUAUUGUGACAAUUUUUUUGUCUGAUUCUUGUCUAGCUGGUUGUCCAAAGCUUACUUUUGAAUACAGUGUGAAAAGCUGUAUCUUUUGUGGAUGUAACAAAAUAGAAAAGUAGUCUGCAGCACAAUAUGUCGUGGACACGUGAAAGCAUUCAGGCAUUCUUUUCUUUUAGACCAUAGCUCACAGCCCUACCCUGCACAUCAGGUUAAUGGGCCUGCCUGUGUAGAAGGACAAGUAUGUCCAAGCUCAUUUUGAAAUGUUAAACCAAUACAAUAUGCUCGGGGAGCAAAACCAUUUUCUUUAAUGGAGGUUUCCAGCAAGGCUUACAUAAGAGAAACAGUUCCUAUCCUUUCAAUCUUUUCUCUCCAAUUCCUCGUCUCUGUGAUCAUCACAAGGCCUGAGUGAUGUUCCUAUGCACUUGUUAGCAUGUUUUACUGGUAGAAAAUCGUUUGUUCAGAGAAGUUGCCCCCUCUGUAUUUAGUUUUAUUUUGGUUCAAAUGCAUUUGGCAGGGAGUUUGUAAGAAGCAAGGAUGAGCACAGAGAUAGAUGUGUUACUGGUGGAAAUAAGAAUAAAAGCUAGAAGCAGAUUUUAAAACAUUAGCUUAGCCAUUGAUUUCUAUAUCCUGACAGGCAUGGAGACAGCAGCCUCCUGUAAAAUGACAAAAGUGUUUUUUUAUCCAUUUUUUCCUUUCUGUUCUCUACCAGACAAAAUCCCUUUGAAAUCUCUCAAGCAUUUCAUUGAUUGCAGAAAUGCAAACAAAGUUAGCACACAACACAUUCCACGUGUUUUCCUCAAAGCCCUUCAAACUGUAUCAUGUUGGCUUUCAGAGUGGGUGUCUGCAGGAUCAAGUGGCCGAUAUUCAAUUAAACUGAUACAAAGUUUUCCACUGGCCGGCCAAUCCAAAAGAUAACUAGAUUCCUACUCCCGUGAGAAAUGACGAUGAGCUGUCAUUAUCUCGGAGCACUGAAAUGAGACUGCCUCCACCCAGAAUAGCACAGGCCCCUCCUGGCUUUGUUGCGACACAUUCUCCGUCUUUGUAACCACUGUGUCCAGAAACACUCACAUGCAGAAAAACUGAAGGAGAAAUGUAGUCCAUGGGUUUACACAGCAUCACAAUAGUGUUACUUGGUCUCGAGCAGAUACCAUCUGAAAGACAAUGUAUUACUUCAAAAAAUUAUAUUCUGUUUAUGGUGUGUGCUCCUAUUACUCACCAGGCCAAAUGUACAGUCCCUGUCUCUGUUUUGAUGUUGAACUGGGCAAAAAUAAAUGACAUGAAUAAAUAAAUAAAACAAGUGUAUCAGAAAUGGUUGAAAUACUGUGUACAUAUAUUUGAACUUUCAGUUUCUAAUUUAUAAAAAAUAAGCUUUAGCUCUUGGAGUACUUAUUUUAUUUUUUCCUUUCAUGCGUAGCUUUGUGUUUUUAUUUUCUAUUUCUGUAAAGUGUGUAAAUAUAUCUUUAUGAUAAUAAGUAAUAUUAAAAAUCUUAUUUUAAGAGAAA